AUGCCUUUUUCACUCCUCCUCCGUUUCCCUCAUCAUUCCAUCCCGUUUCGUUUUCCGUUCCAUCCAUAUUUCUGUUCCGUUCUUUUUACAUCUACCAACUGGGAUGAUCUUAAUUGCUCAUCUCCGUAUCUUUCAAUUCCUCCUCUAUCCCGCGCUUUGUCAAGACCAGAGUAUUUGGGACUCAUUCUUAAAACCCUUAGUACGCACUCAAAUUUACUGCUGUUCAAUUGCUCUGUGGAAUAUGCUGGAGUCUUUUACUGCGAGUUUGAAGAGAAAAAGGUUUUAGCAAACACCGAAAAGUGGUUUGCAUAUCAGGAGUAUAGUGCCACUGAUGAUGGAGAUGGGGAAGUCUCAUUUGUACUAGGGAUUCAAUUGCCAGAACAACUUGACUGGAUGCUUCAAUAUGGUUACAACAACAUAUUGGCCAUGGAUUCUACAUUUGGUACACAUGUGAUGAAGUUUCAAUUGUAUAGAAUGCUUGUAUUCAAUUCCAAGCAUAUGGGUGUUCUCGUAGCAUGGGUCAUUAUGUCUAGGUCUUGUGCUCAUGAUAUUGCAUAUUGGAUGCACAUUCUUCUCCAACGGGUUCACAUGAAGAAUAUUGAGUGGAGUCUAAACACAUUCAUGGUGGAUGAUGCAGGUGCUGAGAUAAAAGCGAUCAGACAUGCGUGGCUAAAGAACUUGAUUGCAAAGGUCAAAGAGAUUGCAGUUAGGCGAGAGAUGUUUGAUAGACUUGGAUUUAUCAUGCAUCAUUCAAUUGAUGAAGAUUCAACAAGGAAUGCAAUUCAUAUAUUUAUUGAAGACUUUAAAGAUACACAACGCUCAUUCAUUGAAUAA